AUGCGGUGUGUGUUGAGCGCUUUGCGCGUCCCUGCGCGGCGCCUCAUGCCGGUGAACGGCAUAGCGCGCGUUGUGCCCAUCUGUCGUGCAAUUCAUACCGAUGUGCCUAAAGUGGUGGCUCCGGCAGCCGAGCUUCCCCGCAAGCUCCGCCGCGCCCCUCGCAAGUUGUUUUCCGCGCUGAGCAUCUUUAUCGCCCUCACCGGUGGACUUUUCUUUGGUGUCUACUGCCUGGAUUCGCGUGCGGGCGUGUAUCGCUGGCUCUUUAUGCCGGUCAUCCACACCCUCAUGAGCCCAGAAACGGCGUCCAAGUUUGCGAUCACGAUGCUUCGUCUCGGGAUCGCGCCGCGCGACAAAUGCGUCGAUGACGAGGUGCUCCACACGGAGCUCUUUGGCAAGCCCUUGACGAACCCUCUUGGUCUUGCCGCUGGCUUUGACAAGCAGGCCGAGGCGAUUGACGGAUGCUUUGACCUGGGCUUUGCGUUGGUUGAAGUUGGGAGUGUCACGCCGCAGCCGCAGCCCGGCAAUCCCGCGCCGCGCAUGUUCCGCCUGCCGCUGGAUCAAGCCUUGAUCAACCGCAUGGGAUUCAACUCAGACGGCCAUGCCGCCGUGCAGGGCCGUUUGCACGACCGUGUGCGCGACUAUAUUGUGCGCGUCAUAGCGGCCGGCAAAGCGCUUGUGAGCGACGUCGGUGUAGAAUCGCUCGAGAAGGAUGCGACGCAGCUUCGCCGUGCGCAGUUUUUUGCGGCGUACGCAGACGCGGACGUGGCGCUGCUCGACCGCCUUGGCAUUCCCCGCAGCCUGAAGCAGGACCGUUUGUUGGGCAUCAAUUUGGGCAAGAACAAGACGAGCAGGGAAGACUCUUCGGCAGACUUUGUCCAGGGGGUAUGGAACCUUGGCCCGUAUGCCGAUAUGCUGAUUGUGAAUGUGAGCAGUCCAAACACACCCGGCCUUCGCCGCUUGCAGCGCCGCAGCGUGCUCAGAGGCCUGCUCGACGAUGUCGUUCGCGCCCGCGGCGAACUGCUCAAGCUUAGCGGCGAAGGCAGAUCUCUUCCGCUGCUAGUCAAAGUAUCCUCUGAUCUCAGCGACUCGGAAUUGGAGGACGUCUCGGACGCUGCAGAGAAUGCAAACAUCGACGGCAUCAUUGUGAGCAACACGACCGUGUCGCGCCCUCCGGGUCUUCUCUCCGAAGCAGACGUCCAGGAAACGGGCGGACUCUCUGGCCCCCCCUUGAAAUCGCUUGCACUGCACGCGCUCCAAGUAGUCUACGCGCGCAGCCACGGCAAGAUCCCGUUGAUUGGCUGCGGUGGUAUCUCCAGCGGCGAGGAUGCGCUCGACUUUGCACGUGCGGGGGCAAGUGCAGUACAGCUCUACACCUCGCUGGGGUACGAAGGCGCCGGCGUGCCGCGCCGCAUCAAGGACCAAGUCACCGACGCGCUCCACGCCGAGGGCACGACGUGGAAGCAGCUUGUCGGCACCGGCCUCAAGCAUGCGCCGCAGGAGUACGCGCCGGACCCACGCAAAGCCAUGCCGCUCUACCCCGGCUCGCAGGACGCGCUGCAGCGCAGCAUCGUCGGCGUGCGCAACGAACUGGACCAAUGGCGCGCUAGUUUCAGCGCGCACGACACCGAAAUGCGCCGCGCCUUGCCGUUCCACGUGCAUCCCAACGAUGCGCAGUACAUCGACUUGCUUGACCGUGCUCACCGCGCCAUCGAUGGCACACCGCACUUUGAGCACGGCGGCGGCGUACGCGCAGCCUCAAUUCCCGAGCAUUUGCUCGUCGCCGCAAGCAGCGAACACAAGACGCAGGGCCAAGUGCUCCACGAUGCGUUGCGCCAGGCCACACUGGAUCCGCAGCCGCGGGUAGAUGGACUCAGCACGCUCUCUGAGACGCCUGGCGGCGUGCGUGCACCCAAAGAGGCGCGCCCCGCUGCCACUUUCCGCGUCGCCGACCAGCAGCGCGUCGUAUAG